UCCCUCUGAAACUCUUUUUAUAAUUCUCUCCUCCUCCCACCACCACCACCGCCGCCGCAGAGUUAGAAGAAGAAGGCGACGACGACGACGACUCAGGAUCAGAAUCAGAAUCAGAUGAAAGGCGAAUACUUGCACCCCAAGAAGACCAACUCCCCCACCGCCCCCAACUCAUCCGCCAUGUUCUCCAACCUCCACCACCAUCCCCGCCCCUUCUCCCAUCACUUCCAACUCGACGACGACCCCUCCUCCACCACCACCUCCUCCCCCGCCCCCACGCCCAACAAGCCCAGACCCCUCGCCGCCGACGGCGCCUCCAUCGAGGUCGUCCGCCGCCCCCGCGGCCGCCCCCCGGGCUCCAAGAACAGGCCCAAACCCCCCAUCGUCAUCACCCGCGACCCCGAGCCCACCAUGUCCCCCUACAUACUCGAGGUCCCCGGGGGCUCCGACGUCGUCCACUCCAUCUCGUCCUUCUGCCGCCGCAAGGCCAUCGGCCUCUGCGUCCUCGCCGGCUCCGGCGCAGUCGCCAACUUCACCCUCCGCCACCCCUCCGCUUCCCCUCCCGGUGCCACCGUCACCUUCCACGGCCGCUUCGACAUCCUCUCCAUCUCCGCCACCUUCGUCGCCCCCCAGGCCGCCUCCUCGACCUUCUUCGUGCCCGACGGGUUCAAGAUCUCCGUCGCCGGCCCCCAGGGCCAGAUGCUCGGCGGCUGCGUGGCCGGGCCGCUCGUGGCCGCCGGGCCCGUCUUCGUUGUGGCGGCCACCUUCAGCAACCCUUCGUUCCACCGGUUGCCCGCUGAAGAGGACGACGGCGGUGGUGGCGGCGGGAGUAGCUCGUUGUCCGGUAGGGGUGGGGACGGGCACUCGCCGCCGGCUUCGGGAGGCUGCGAGAGCGCGCCCCCUCCUCCGCAGCCGGCGGCGGCGGAUUCCGGAAUGUCGAUGUACAAUUGCCAUUUGGCUUCUGAUGUGAUAUGGGCUCCAGCUCCGAGGCAAGCACCGCCUUACUGAUUCUUUUUUUUUACUUCUCCUUUGUUGGGAGGAGGACCUCUGUUAAGUUUAGCUGAAUUUUCCGUUUCAGGGUUCUGAUUUUGCAACACUGUGAAUCCUUCUUUUUUUUUUUUUUUUUUUUUUUGGGCUUAUUGGAUUUGACCUUAGUUGUAAUAACGUGGAGAGUUGUUUUUUCUU